UCCAUGGUGCUGUAUAAAAACGUGAACGAUUCAUUGGGUUCAUUUGGGUUGGUGGUUCCCUUUUGUACCUGUCUGCCUUUGUCAAAACUCUGCAUUUAUGUAAGACGAUGUUUAACAGGUAACACGGCAAGACAAGCAGACUAUAUUACUUGGAAUGCACAACAGAACAUAGACUUAUCUCCAGCCACCCAGAACAGAUCCAGAGAUAUGAAAGACAUAUUGCAAAUUAUUGCACUUAUCUUGGGGUUUUUGGGGUGUGGAUCUGCUGUAUUAUCAUUACAUAGUCACUACUGGAAAGUGUCUUCAGAUGACGGUAGUGUCAUUGUCACAUCUAACUUCUUUGAGAACCUCUGGAUGUCCUGUGCAGAUGACUCCACUGGUACUUUCAAUUGUUGGGAUUUCCAGUCCAUGCUUGCUUUACCAGGUUAUAUCCAAGCAUGCCGUGCAUUAAUGAUCACAUCCAUUGUGCUAGGCACAUUCGGGCUGAUGGCAACUUUAGUGGGUAUGCAGUGUUCUAAGAUAGGAGGGGAGAAUUACAUAAUGAAGGGUCGGAUCGCUGGGGCUGGAGGCGUCUUCUUCAUACUGCAAGGUCUGUGCACGAUGAUUGCAGUGUCCUGGUAUGCUUUCAACAUCACUCAGGAAUUCUUUGACCCACUUUAUCCAGGAAUAAAGUAUGAAAUCGGAGAAGGGCUGUACAUUGGUUGGAGUUCAGCCACAAUGGCCUUAUGUGGCGGCAGCUGUUUGCUGUUUUCCUGUGGACUGUGCAACCCAAAGGAAAAAAAAUCACAUCUUCAGAACGUAAGAUCAUACUCCAACCAGCCUCAAUCCAGCCAUAUGGUUCAAACUGCCUCUACAACAUCCAAUGUCCCUUUCAGCCAAUAUGGACUCAAUGCAUAUGUUUAAUGCUGGAAACACACUACACAAUUUUCAAAGUCAUUAGAUCGCUUUUCUUGUCACUCUUACUAUUAGUGAGGUACUAUUUAGUACUAUUAGGUACUAUGUAGUUGUUGGUGUGUGUACACUAAAUGACAGACGGUGUGUUCCCAGCUUAAGGAAGGUACUGAAUCCAUGGAAUCAACAAAGUCAAGUUACAGAUGUCACAAAACACAUAGAACACAAUUCAAGACACAAUACUGCAUUUUUCCAUGCAGGAUGAUCAGAAUCUUCUAUAAAGCAUAUAUGUCACAUUUCUGUAAAUAUACUCUGAAGUUUACUGAAGAAUGGAACCAUGUACUGUACAGUGGACAUAAAAAGUCUAUAUCCCUGUUAAAAUGGCAAUUUUCAAAAAAUCCAAAAAGAUAAAUCAUAUCAGAACUUUUGCACAUUUAAUGUAAGAAGGCAAACCUGUGGAAUGCCACCAAAAACCAAAGUGAUGCAUUUCAGAGUGAAAAAAAAUUUGGCGUAACUAACUGCAUAAGUGUGCACACCACUGAACUAAUACUGAAGCCCACUGUGAUGCUAUCAGCUUGGCACAUCUUGACUUGGGAUUUUCCCACUCUACUUUGCAAAAACUUUUCAGAUUUGUUACAUUGCGAGGGCAUCUCCUGCGUACAGCCCUUUCAGGUCCCCCCCACCCCCUCAGUGGCAUUGCAUAGUUUGUAAUUUUUACAUUAAAUGUACAAAAGUUCUGAUAUGAUUUAUCUUGCAGUUUUUACAUCACAAAAAACAGCUGUUUUAACAGAGGUGUACCGACUUUUUUUAUACACUGUAAACUAAAUAGGUUAUAAUUGUACAUUUUGUCUAUGACUAAAUUAUUUGAAAGAAUUUUGAUAAUGCUAAAAUAUACUGUAUAUCUUUUCAUUUUACAUGAAUUUUACAAUUAUGUUGAACCAGGAUAUUUAGUCAUUCUUUUUCUAUAAUCAUAUUCAUAAUUAGUUAAUAUUAUGUUGUUACAAAUAGAUAUGAAUUCAGAACAAAA